AGCUCUCAAGAUUCCCAUGUUGAUUAUCGGCCUCCUGCCCCUCCUCCUGUGGCCGGGCCCUGGUUGCCGUGCGGCUGACAUUCCGGAGGACACCACGGCAGAGUUCUCUGUCAGACUGUACCACCAGCUGCAGGCGCGCGGGGGCGACAACAUCAUCUUCUCCCCCCUCAGUGUGGCUGUGGCCCUGGGCAUGGUGGAGCUGGGGGCCCGCGGGGCCUCCCUCACACAGAUACGCCAGGCUGUCGGCUUCAGCCACCUACCGACAGAUGAGGAGUUCUCUCUGCUCCAGAACCUGACAGGGGCUCUGUCUGAAGACGACGCCCACUACAUCAUCCGAAUGGCCAACUCCCUCUUCCUGCAGAGCGGCGUGACCUUUAACCCGGAGUUCCUGCGGCUGAUGAAGAAGUACUUCGGGGCGGAGGUGGAGACGGUGGACUUCAGCGAAUCAGCCGCUGUGGCAGAGCAGAUCAAUGGAUGGGUGGAGAACCACACUGAGAGUAAGAUCCGUGACCUGCUGUCAGCUGAUGACUUCAGCAGUGUGACCCAGCUGACCCUGGUCAACGCGGUGUACUUCCGGGGCAGCUGGAAGAACCAGUUCAGACCGGAAAACACCAGAACCUUCUCCUUCAGCAAAGACGACGGGAGCGAGGCCCAGACACACAUGAUGUACCAGCAGGGAGACUUCUACUAUGGUGAGUUCAGUGAUGGUUCAUCCGAGGCAGGUGGUGUGUACCAGGUGUUGGAGAUGCCCUAUGAAGGAGAGGACAUGAGCAUGCUGGUGGUGUUACCCAGACAGGAAGUCCCCCUGGCAGUCCUGGAGCCAAUCAUCAGAGCCCCUCUCUUGGAGGAGUGGGCCAACAAUGUCAAGAGGCAGAAGGUGGAGGUCUACCUGCCCAGGUUUAAGGUUGAGCAGAAGGUAGAUCUGAAGGAGACUCUGCAGGAUCUGGGCAUCAAGAACAUCUUCACGAGAGAUGCUGACCUCUCCGCCAUGACAGACGGUAAGGACCUGUUCAUUGGGAAGGCGGUUCAGAAGGCCUACCUGGAGGUGACAGAGGAGGGAGCGGAGGGAGCUGCAGGAUCAGGUGACCUUGUGGUUGCAUCAUCAUCUCUUCACCUCCACCACCCCUCAUCAGAGGACCACUUUAUAUCCUGUCCAGUGUCCCUCUACCUCUACCUCUCCCUAUUACCCUUACUGACCUCAUCGUUACCUUCCUGAAAUUACAUUCUGUCUGCCUUGUCUACC